AUGAAAGAGAAAGAGAACCGUAAGACGACAAAGAAGGUAACGGUGAUUACGUUACGAUCGGGAAAGAAGAUAACAAGCCCUAUGAAGCAGAAAGCAUGGAUUAUAAGAAAAGAAGUCGUUGAAAGGCAGAGCGAUGAUGAUGAGAAAGAAAAGAAGAAGAUGGAACACGAAGAGUACAAUGAGCAAGAAAACUACUUAUCAGUCGUUUCCUUCUCCGAUGAUGAUUUGAUCUGCGAUGCAGAACAUAACAGGCCGCUAAUGGGUCUGCGGAGAGUGACCCGAGAGCACCUUGCUCCACCACUUGAGGCUCCAGCUUUACCACCUGCGCCUCCCAUUCUACCGCCAGAGAUCUCUGCUCCCCUACCUAAGGAUGACGUUCCUCCACCUGAUGCCGGUGCGGAUCCAACCGUGCCCUAUGAGUGCCUCGCAGUUACAGCAGAUGUUGUAGGCUGUGACUGCUGCGCUUCAGGGGCAGGCACGGUUGUUUCUCCCCGGCCGAGCGGAGUGCUCACUGAGAGCACCACAACGGCCUUCACAGCAGCAACUGAGAGCACCGUAGCAGCCCCCACAGCAGCAGCGACCCUAUCAGCAGCGACCUCAGCCGCCGAGACCCCAGUAGCAGCAGAGACAGCAGUACAGGCCGCCUUAGAUGCAACAGCAGCAUCAGGGACCUUAGAGGGGAUAGACACCUCCCCAUCCAGCUCAGGCUAG